AGCAGAGCCGCGGUGCAUAGUGGGAUACAAAAUGUCUCCCAAUAUUACCUUUCGCAGCCAAUUUAUCCAAAAUAACUGCGAUUAAAUAUAUUAUUUGUAUUGUUCUUCGGUAGUGCUGUUGCUGUAUUUCUGAUAUUAAUUGUAUAUAGCGGCUAAUAUGUCUACAAAAGCGGAGUGCAGAGUAUCCAGCUCCACCUCCAGAACAGAAGAAAGGAGAAGAUCGACAAGCAGAGGGCGGGAAAAAAGGAAACGGAAACGCAGCCGGAGUAGAUCUUCCUCUUCAUCCUCCUCAAGUUCAUCAUCAUCCUCUUCCUCUUCCUCAUCCUCAUCGCACUCCUCUUCAUCAGGUUCAUCAAAUUCGUCGAGUCGCAGUCGGAGUAGCUCUAGUAGUAGCGAUUCACGGAGUAAAUCCAGAAAGCAGUCGAAGAAAAGGAAAAAAGAGAAACAACACAAAAAAAAAGGGAAGAAAGAGAAGCGACAUAAACGUAAGAAGGACAAGAAAACAAAAGGAGAAGACAAUUCUGGGCCUGUCCAGAUCUCCAAGUACUUGAAAGAGAGAAAGAAGGGUGGCAAGUACAGCAUGAUCUCAGGGAAGAAGAUCAAGAUGAAAGUAAAGAAGUCAAAGAAAGACAAACAGAGGGAUAAAAAUCGAGCAGAGCUUCUUGAGUUCUUGAACUCUACCCUGUGACUCCACAUGGAGGUCGUCAGUAAAAUGGAUAGAUCAGCAGAACUCAGGAAACAACAUGCAGCUUUUCAGGAGAAUCAAUACAGAUGUUUUUCUGAGAUAAGUAGAACUUGCAACGAUAAGCUGGGAGUGUGUCUUAAAGCAAAGUGCAAUGCUUUAAGACCAGUAUCUGCGUAUUCACCGUGCAGGCCUGGUGCUGCUGUCAAAUGUCAACAGUUAAUGAUGAGUAUUUUCAUCUCAUAUUUCAUCUCUGACCAGAGUUGCUCUAAGGGGAGUUUAAACUGUAGUUGAUAAGGUUUUUUCUCUUAUUUUAGUCCUUUUUUUUAUCUGUCAACAAUAUUGAUUCGCGGAAUCCUUUAGGACUGCCCAUACAUGUAUGUUUUGUAGAAUUCCGACGGCUAAGUUUCCACAGUAAUAUCUGACUGUGGGAAUCUGUGUGAUCAGUGUGUACUGAUAUAAAAGUGUAAAUGUUGUUCGAAAUGAUGUGAGAAUCAGCCUGCAAUGUGUGUGUCUCAGUCACAACAUUCCUCCAAAUGUGUAAUAUCCGUCAUUUUAUUCAAUUAAAAUAUAAAACACAAUCAACGUUAGUCAAACCAGUUGAAAGCUUUACUGUAUUUGGAUGAUGGAGUAAAUCUGUUGUGUACCGUUGCAUUUUGCUGUGUGACAAACAGAAGAGAAACAGCAAUAAAAAGCUGAAAAGAUUUACUUUGAAAUGUUUCCCUCAGACACAUCUCUAUUCUUUGAAUCCAUCUGAAGAGCUCAGAUUUUUCUAUUCAGUUUGGUGACCUUGAAGAAUGAAUGUUGUGCUUCCGUUUUGUGCUGAUAACAGAAAAACUGUCACAACUUAAUCUUAGGGUUUCUGUGGGUCUUUAGAAAGUGUGGAAUAAAACAUCUGAAUAUUGCAGCCUUGAAAUAUACAUUACACUCAGCAUGUGAGGUCAGAAAAAUAUAAAUCCACUGCAAAAA